AUGAGGGCUUGGAUGCUGCUGCUACUCUUCGUGCUCCUCGCCUUCGGAGCACACGGCCAGGUCAACGGGCCUACCAACGCCACCCCAGAGGACAAGUGCUGCUCUGCUCUGCUGGUGGAGGGCGAGGCCGCCUCGCUCGAUGCCUCUGGGAAAUACCGCCUACCGACUCCCUGGUGAUGUGCCUAGAGAAAAAUUUCAUGCGGUAGCCCUUGGGUAGACCGUUCACUUUUUUCUGCAUGUAGAGAUGUAGGGCGUCGUGUCUGCCGCGCCCUGUCGAACCAUCCGUCAGUACAUUCUGAUGCAGUCCAUAAUAUGAC